AUGAAGAGAUUUGUCGUCAUCACUACGAUUUUAUUAUCUUUAUUAGCAAUAAAUUGCGAAGAAUCGAAAGAAGAAGCAGCGAGUGAUUUGGAUACUAUUGUUGGAAUUGAUUUAGGAACGACAUAUAGUUGUGUUGGUAUUUACAAAAAUGGACGAGUGGAAAUCAUUGCGAAUGAUCAAGGAAAUCGUAUCACACCUUCCUAUGUUGCAUUCCUGGAGACUGGUGAACGUUUAAUUGGUGAUCCAGCAAAGAAUCAACUAACCAGUAAUCCAGAGAAUACAAUUUUUGAUGCGAAACGAUUAAUUGGAAGAAUGUUUCGUGAUGAAACUAUACAAGCUGACUUGAAACAUUUACCAUUCAAGAUUGUAAAUGAAAAUGACCGGCCCAAGAUCAAAGUUGAUUUAUCUCACAGUGGGAAGAAAGAGGAAAAAUUGUUCACACCUGAAGAGAUAUCGUCGAUGGUUCUUUCAAAAAUGAAAGAAAUUGCUGAAGCGUAUUUGGGUAAACCUGUGAAAAAUGCUGUAAUAACAGUGCCAGCUUAUUUCACCGACGCACAACGUCAGGCAACAAAAGAUGCUGGGACUAUUGCUGGUCUUAAUGUAGUUCGAAUCAUAAAUGAACCUACCGCAGCUGCUAUUGCUUAUGGAUUGGAUAAGAAAGAGGGCGAAAAAAAUAUUUUGGUAUUUGAUCUUGGUGGUGGAACUUUUGAUGUAUCAGUGUUGACAAUCGAUAAUGGAGUAUUUGAAGUUUUGGCGACAAAUGGUGACACACAUCUUGGUGGUGAAGAUUUUGACCAGAGAGUUAUGGAAUAUUUCAUAAAAUUGUACAAGAAGAAGACUGGCAAAGAUAUUCGCAAAGAUAAUCGUGCCGUACAAAAACUUCGUCGUGAAGUCGAGAAAGCUAAACGUGCCUUGUCUACUCAACAUCAAGUUCGAUUGGAAAUUGAAUCUCUAUACGAUGGCGAUGAUUUUUCGGAGACUCUUACUAGGGCCAAAUUUGAAGAACUUAACAUGGAUCUCUUCAAGGGAACAUUGAAUCCUGUUAAAAAGGUGUUGGAAGACGCUGACCUCAAGAAAAGUGAUAUCGAUGAAAUUGUGCUUGUUGGUGGCUCCACUCGUAUCCCUAAAGUUCAACAGCUCUUGAAAGAGUUUUUCGAUGGCAAGGAGCCAUCACGUGGAAUAAAUCCUGAUGAGGCAGUCGCUUAUGGUGCAGCCGUCCAAGCAGGUGUACUUAGUACGGGUGGAAAGGGUGAUUCGUCGCAUGACAUUGUAUUGCUUGAUGUGAACCCACUUACAUUAGGAAUUGAAACUGUUGGCGGAGUUAUGACUAAACUGAUAAAUCGCAACACUGUUAUUCCUACGAAGAAGAGCCAAAUAUUCUCUACAGCUGCAGAUAACCAGCCUACUGUCACCAUUCAAGUUUACGAAGGUGAACGUCCAAUGACAAAAGAUAACCACAUUUUGGGCAAGUUUGAUUUAACAGGAAUUCCUCCAGCUCCUCGAGGUGUUCCUCAAAUUGAAGUUACUUUCGAAAUUGAUGUUAAUGGUAUACUACAUGUAACAGCUGAAGAUAAAGGAACUGGUAAUAAGAAUAAAAUCACUAUUACCAAUGAUCAUAACAGAUUAUCUCCUGAAGAUAUUGAACGAAUGAUUAAUGAUGCUGAGAAGUUCGCUGACGAGGAUAAGAAAGUUAAAGAAAAAGUUGAAGCAAGGAAUGAAUUGGAAGGUUAUGCUUAUUCGCUAAAGAAUCAAAUUGGCGAUAAAGAAAAAUUAGGUGGCAAAUUAAGUGAUGAAGAUAAAAAGACAAUUGAAGAUGCGGUUGAUGAGACUAUCUCAUGGCUGGAAAGUAAUGCGGCAGCAUCCGUUGAAGAAUUGCAACAGCAUAAAAAGGAUUUGGAAAGCAAAGUACAACCAAUUACUUCCAAAUUGUAUAAAGAUGCUGGUGGUGUACCUCCAACUGAUACUGGCAGGGAAGACAAAGAUGAACUUUAA